ACUCAUGACUCAACUGAGGAGAUAAACAAACAUUAACACCUUACCCUUUUCCUCAGUUUCUUCACCCAAAACGAAACCUCACGAUUCCCGAGAAAAUAAAUUUACUCAAUUCCAAGAAAAAAGAAAAAGAAACAAUAACAGAACAACCCAUGAUACUCCAUUUCCUCAUAUGUUAAAAGAGCAUCAUUUCAGAACAAAACAGACACAUCGAUGUCACCACACUCACUCUGACUCAUUCAGCGCCAACAUGGACCCUUCCCAUCGCCGGCGACGCCGCACGUGGUGUUGCUCCUUCGCCGUUCCACCUUCCAGCCCCGACAACCCUUCCUCCAAACCUCGCCACCGCAAGUCCGAACCUCACUCCAAGCCGACCUUCUCCCUCCCAACCUCACCCCAGAGCACCAAAUCCGCCUCACGAAUCGUCCCUCGAAUCGACCCCCGCCGGAUCUUAUCUCCGGGAAGAGUCUCACCCAUAGAUUCCGAUCCCGUCAUCCAAAACGUCGUUCCUGAUCCGUCGCCGGAGCCCCAGUUGCGAUCCCGGAGCCUCCGGGCACCACUCGACGGAGACGUGUCGCCGGCCCCGGAAAGGGAGGGACUUGACGUGAGAAUGAGUCUGAGAGGGAAGAACGGUGGGUGUAUGGUUCUGGAGCUGAAUUCGGGGGUUCUGUGUGCGAAUUCGGAAGUGUUUGCGGGGUUGAUAGCGGAUUAUAAGAAAGGGGUUUCGUCUUCGAGUGGAAGCACCAAAAUGUGUAGAAUAGAGGUUCCUGAAGUUGACAACUUGGGAGUGUUCAGAGACACCAUUGAGCUUAUGUUUGAGAAUGACAAUGAUGUUACCAAAAGGCUCCUCAAAAUUGGCGUUUUUCGAUCCAUUGACGUUUUGGAGGUGUCAGCAGGCAUCAUGUUCACUAAGGGUGUGUUGUCAUGUUUACAAUACCUUGAAGCUGUUCCUUGGACUGAAGAAGAGGAAGAAAAAUUGAGGAGCCUAUUCACUAGAUUCAAGUUUGAUGAAGCAACAACAAGAGACAUCCUAGGAAGGCUUUACUUGCACGAUUCGGUAGAUCCACAACCAAAUGUAGCUAGACAACUAGUUUGGUCUAUCACCACUUGUGUGGAUGCCAAUGCAAGAAAUGAAUUGAAGUCACUAGUGAAGGGUCUUCUUUGCAAGAGCUCAGUCUAUGAGAAGAAUCAUCUUGACCUCAGCAAGGAAGAUCUGUAUUCUGUUUGCCACUCAUGUCUUGACUCAUUGGUAAGCCUCUUUGAAGAGGCAUCAAGCACCAUCUCUCCUGAAAGAUUGACAAAGAAAGAUAAGAAUAAACCACUAAUUGAGCGUGUCUCAAGACAAGUUGAUAACAUCAACUGGUUGCUCGAAAUCAUGCUUGAUGGGCAAAUAGCAGAGGACUUUGUGGAUACAUGGGCAAAUCAACACCAACUUGUUAAAAUGCAUGAUAAUGCAUCCCCCAUGAUUAGAUAUGAACUAAGUCGAGUUUCGGCAAUUCUGUUUGUUGCAAUGGCUACAAGAAAAUUACAAUGCCGGUUGGAAGCUAGAUCAGGGCUUCUUCAAGGAUGGUUCAAGCCUAUGUUGUUGGACUUUGGGUGGUUGCAAAGAUGCAGAAAAGGGCUUGAUAUAAAGGUCUUGCAAGAGGCUAUGGGUCAGACACUUCUUACUCUGCCUCUAAAUCAACAAUACUUGCUGUUCAUGGAAUGGUUUAGGCACUUCUCAAGGCAUGGCACUGAAUGUCCCAAUCUAAGCAAGGCAUUCCAAAUUUGGUGGCGUCGAUCAUUUUUAAGAGGCUCUGAAACUUAUGCUAUUGAAUCAAGGUGAAGUAUACCACUAUUUCUCAUUUUUUACUGUCGUUGUGUAAAGAGUUGCAAUUAGGUGAGGGAUUCUGAACCAUGUACACUGAAUAACGUAGCUAAACUCCAUAGAUCGUUGGAGAUUUCAUGCCUAAAUAGUAUUAUUAAUUUUUCUAGGAGAAUUUCCCCUCUUUAUUUGUUUGCUUGUUUAUUCCUUGUGGCUCCAAGCUGUCCAAUAAUUAAUUAAAAUUAGGUUGAUGAAUAAAUUGUCACAAGUUGCACAACACAGCUUCUAAAGACCAAGCCCAUGUGACUUAAUUUUUGAGGCACUUGUGUUGGUAAAAUGAGAUAUUCAAUUCACAACUCUGCUUUUUUAGG